GUCAAAUCAAUUUGUCAACCAGUGCAGAGAAGACACUCCCUGUUACUUAUUUUAUGAUUAAAUCUAUUUUUUCGGAUAAAUUAUGUGCACAAUCAAGUGAUUUUUGAUAAAGGUGGAACAUGAUCAACUCCCGCUAGUAUUUGAGCUGUCGUGUUGCAUUUACAAUAAACAUGUCUACAAUGUCGAGGUCAGUCCACAUCAGCCAGCAGAAGCUGGCGGAGAAGCUCAUAAUCCUCAACGAUCGCGGCAUUGGUAUGCUCACGCGGAUCUACAACAUCAAGAAAGCCUGUGGAGAUGCUAAAUCCAAACCUGCAUUCUUAUCCGACAAAACUCUUGAAUCAUCAAUCAAACACAUUGUCCGAAGAUUCCCCAACAUUGACGUGAAGGGCCUUCAAGCCAUUUCCCAAAUAAGAAAUGACAUAAUCAAGUCUCUCUCAUUAUAUUACUACACCUUUGUAGAUCUUUUAGAUUUCAAAGAUAAUGUUAGUGAUCUACUCAACACAAUGGCGGCGUGUCAAGUUACGCUUGACUUGACUCUCAACUUCGAGCUGACAAAGAAUUACCUGGACUUGGUCACAACUUACGUAUCCUUGAUGAUCUUGCUCUCUCGCGUUGAAGACCGCAAAGCAGUAUUGGGUCUUUUUAAUGCCGCGCAUGAAAUGGUCCACAACCAAAUAGAUGCCAGUUUCCCGCGAUUGGGACAACUGAUUGUUGACUACGACGCUCCAUUAAAAAAACUGUCAGAGGAAUUUGCUCCCCAUCAAAAAUUAUUGGCCAGUGCCUUAAAUUCCUUGUGGCAUGUGUAUCCAGCUAGAAAUAUGACUGCAGAACACUGGAGAUCAGAGCAGAAGUUGAGUUUAGUUAGCAAUCCGGCGCAACUCCUUAAACCGUCGGAAACGAACACGAUGUCUUGUGAAUAUGUAUCAUUGGAAUCCUUGGAGAGAUGGGUCAUAUUUGGUUUUGCGCUUUGUCAUCAAAUGCUUUCGCAAGAUCAUGCCAAUAAGAUGUGGGUAAGUGCCUUGGAGUCCGGUUGGGUUCUGGCACUAUUCCGUGAUGAGGUGAUCUACAUUCACACGUACAUUCAAAGUUUCUUUGAUGGAAUAAAAAGCUACGGAAAAAGAGUAUCUGAAGUAAAAGAUUGUUAUCACCACGCUGUACAGAAGGCAGGCUAUAAGCACAGAGAAAGACGAAAAUUCUUACGAACAGCCCUAAAGGAACUUGGUCUCAUCUUGACUGACCAGCCUGGUCUGUUGGGUCCGAAAGCCCUGUUAAUAUUUAUCGGUCUAUGCUACGCUCGUGACGAAGUGUUCUGGCUGUUGCGCCACAAUGAUAAUCCACCGCAGAAAGUGAAAGGCAAGGCUGCCGAAGACUUGGUAGACCGUCAGCUCCCAGAGCUACUCUUCCACAUGGAAGAGUUAAGAGCGUUGGUUCGAAAAUACAGCCAAGUUAUGCAGAGAUACUAUGUCCAGUAUCUGUCUGGAUUUGAUGCUGUGGCUUUGAAUCUAAUGAUACAAAAUCUCCAAGUCUGUCCAGAGGAUGAAAGUAUUAUACUGUCAUCUCUGUGCAAUACUGCUGCCAAUAUGAACGUCAAGCAGGUUGAAGAUAACGAACUCUUUGAUUUCCGAGCUUUCCGAUUGGACUGGUUCAGAUUGCAGGCCUACACUUCGGUUGCCAAAACUCCUUUGAAUCUGGUUGAUCAUAGAGAGCUAGCGCAAUUUAUAGACAAAAUGGUCUUCCAUACUAAAAUGGUUGACAAUCUCGAUGAAAUAAUGGUCGAAACAUCAGAUUUGUCCCUGUUCUGUUUUUACAGUAAGAUAUUCGAGAGCCAAUUCCACAUGUGCCUCGAAUUCCCUGCUCAAAACAGGUAUAUCAUUGCAUUUCCCUUGAUUUGUAGUCACUUCCAGAACUGCACACAUGAGUUAUGCCCUGAAGAAAGACAUCAUAUUCGAGAACGCAGUUUAUCGGUGGUAAAUAUAUACCUGGAUGAGAUGGCAAAAGAGGCAAAAAAUAUUAUCACAACGAUCUGUGACGAGCAAUGCACAAUGAGCGACAAGUUGCUUCCGAAACACUGCGCACAAACAAUUGCCCAUUUGGCAAACAGGAAAAAGAAAGACAAGAAUAAGAAAAACACGAUUGAAAUUGUUAAGCCUGGAGCAGAGAGUUACAGAAAGACUAGAGAGGAAUUGACCACCAUGGACAAGCUACACAUGGCGCUGACAGAACUUUGCUUUGCCAUUAACUACUGCACUACUGUUAAUGUUUGGGAAUACACAUUCGCUCCCCGGGAGUAUCUUCAUCAGCAUUUAGAGAACAGAUUCUCGAAGGCGUUGGUUGGAAUGGUCAUGUUCAACCAAGACACCAGUGAAAUUGCGAAGCCGUCAGAGUUACUGGUUAGUGUCAAGGCAUACAUGAACGUAUUGCAAAGCGUCGAGAAUUACGUGCACAUCGAUAUUACAAGAGUGUUCAACAACUGCCUGCUACAACAAACGCAAAAUAUGGAUAGCCACGGGGAGAAGACGAUUGCGUCGUUAUACACGCAGUGGUAUUCUGAAAUCUUACUAAGAAGAGUAAGUGCCGGGAGCAUCUGUUUUUCGAUGAACCAGAAGGCGUUUGUGAGCCUGACCGCAGAAGGGGCCAUUCCAUUCAACGCUGAAGAAUAUUCCGAUAUUAAUGAACUGCGAGCCCUGGCUGAACUCAUCGGGCCGUACGGUAUGAAGUUACUGAGCGAAACCUUGAUGUGGCACAUAUCGAGCCAAGUCCAGGAGCUGAAGAAACUUGUAGUUCAGAACAAAGAAGUACUUCAGAUGCUCAGAACUAACUUUGAUAAACCGGAAAUAAUGAGAGAACAGUUCAGAAGGCUGCAACAUGUGGACAAUGUUUUGCAAAGGAUGACAAUAAUUGGCGUAAUCUUGAGCUUCCGCCAAGUGGCGCAAGAGUCGUUGCUUGAUGUAUUGGAACGGCGAAUUCCCUUCCUGAUAAGUUCUAUUAAAGACUUUCAGCAGCAGCUUCCCAGCGGCGACCCCAUGCGGGUGAUAUCGGAGAUGUGUUCCGCCGCAGGCUUGUCCUGCAAAGUGGACCCUACUUUAGCGUCCGCGCUGCGGCAGAACAAAGCCGAACAGGAAGAGGAGGAACACCUAGUGGUGUGUCUGCUGAUGGUGUUCGUGGCCGUGUCGCUUCCGAGACUCGCGCGCAGUGAGGGAUCCUUCUACAGACCGUCUCUCGAAGGCCACGCGAACAACAUUCACUGCAUGGCACCUGCGAUCAAUCACAUAUUUGGAGCAUUGUUUACUAUAUGUGGGCAAGGCGAUAUUGAGGAUCGCAUGAAGGAAUUUCUGGCUCUCGCAUCUUCGUCCCUAUUACGUCUGGGACAAGAAACGGACAAAGAAGCCAUCAAAAAUCGUGAAUCUGUUUACUUGCUGCUCGAUCUCAUAGUUCAGGAGUCACCAUUCUUGACUAUGGAUUUGUUGGAGUCUUGUUUCCCAUAUGUACUGAUACGUAAUGCUUAUCAUGAGGUUUACAAGCAAGAACAAGUGCUUUUGCAUUCGUAAUAAUAUUUGUAAGGCAAUGAAAGACAUGAAAGACAAUUGUAAGUUGAGCAUUCGAUUUAUAAAAUGCGUCAAUUUUUUUAUACUUUAUUGUUGUAGAUAAAUUUAACAAUUUAGGUAAUUAAUAUAAUUUAUGAAAUCCCGCCUUUGUUGCACUUAUAAAAUUUCGAUGAGCUUUUUCAAUUGCAUUUAUUUCAUUCGGUAGUGAUUUUGCAUUUGAUUGUGUCAUACGAAAGAGCGAGCCACUUGAAUGAUUGAAAUUAAAUCUGUUACAACUCUUCUAAGUAUAUAUAAGGCUAUACCACCAGUAUUACCCGAAACGUUAAUGCAAUUGACUAAUAACCAUUACAAAUUGAACCGUAAAAUGUAACCGUCCGUUACCGUUUACGGUUUAAUUUGUAAUGGUUAAUGGUCAAUCACAUUAACGUUCAGCCAACACUGAUUGAUAGCCACUGAAUUCUAAUUGCAUACGUUAUUCAAUUUAACGUUACAAGUAGGUAAAUGAUGUAUUCGUCAUCAGAUGCUAUAAUAAACGUUAGGUACCUACUACUAUACUUAUUCCACACCUACAUUCUGUUAAAAAGACUGUUCCGAAUAUUCCUGUCGUGUUUGUAAUUAUGAAUAAGAAAUAUUUUAUUAUUUAAGCUGUUAGGUAUACUAAGAGAUUCAAUUUAUUAUGUUACUUGCUAUACUUAUUUAAUUUAAACAACUGCCCGCCUUGGUCGUCUUACAAAAAAUAGUAUGAACAACUUCGAAAGUCAUACUAAUUAAUUGGAUGAUAAUAAAUUCGGGAUAGCCUCUGCCAUGGACGCCAGGAAUUGAAUAUUUUUACUGAUAAAAGUGUUAGUGAAACAUUCUUCAAAAGCUUUUAUACCUUAGUAGGCUAACUUAUUUACUCGGUGCGUUUUCGCUAGGUCAUCCGUCGCUGUCAAAGUUUCGAACGUUGGUAAAAUAAUCUUGGUAUGUGUACAAGACAAAACAGUAUAUGAUGCAACCAGAAUUAGUAUCCAGUCCAGUAUCCUCAUCUAACAGGAAUACAUUAGACGUCUUUUGUUUUUCUGGCUGUGUAAGCCGAAAGCGGCAACUGACCUAGCGUAAACGCCCCUUACUCUUUUCCGCAAGCAACGAGGAGUCUUUAGUGUUGAUCUACAAAAUACGUAGCGACUGAUAUGUAAUACAAUCUUAACAACAAUCAUGUCAUGACAGUGACUUGAAUACUGUAACACUUGUGUAAUUUAAAUACUGUAUUUAUUCGAGUGCUUGCCUCGGUUCUAUGUGUAAGUAAAAUUAUGUCCGGGCUGCGUCCUAGAAUCCGCAAUGUAUGUUAGGUUUAGUGUAAAUCCGUACACACUAUACAAGUAUACAGUUUUAUACCCAGCGUGUAAAUACAUAAUACUUACAUAUUAUUAAUUAAAAACAAAUAUGAAAUACCUAA